UACGCGUUCUGCUAAACUCCUCCGUAAAACCCUUUCAUUUGCAUUUGGGAAUCGAUCGCUCUUCUUCGUAGUCGCCUUUGAAUUCGCAGAGUGAGGAACCAUGAAGGUGAGAUCAUCUGUGAAGAAGAUGUGUGAGUUUUGUAAAACAGUGAAACGUCGUGGACGUGUCUAUAUCAUAUGUUCUUCCAAUCCUAAGCACAAGCAAAGACAAGGGUUCAGCUCCUUUGCUUAUGAAGGAAUUAUACCUUCCCCGUUGUUGUCUGAGUCGAUUGCUAGUCAGGAGAUGACGAGGCUGCCUGGUCAGGGCGUAUCAGCCGGUCUGGCAUCACUUUUACACAAAAGGCCUAUGCCAACAGCGUUUUUCGGAUGGAGGUCAGGUCUUGCAUCCAUUCUCUUCAAACAAGGAAAUUAGGAUGUCAGCAUUUCCCUUUUUUUAAUCUUCAGGGUUGUAAUCUCGCAGUUUCUUCCAAUUCCUGGUAAGGUGAAACAUUAUUGUAUAUCUCUCCACUUUUACUUUGGUCAGUCAUAGGCUCUCGUUAGAGACCUGUUUGAUUGUGCCUCGCAUGACCUGAACAAAGAGAUAUAUUAUGACACUCUAGUAUUUGCUUUUUACAUU